UCCCCCCCUCGGAGCAGUGCAGCUCCCCUCCCCCCUCGCACCUGACGUCAGCUUUCUGGGCUUCUCCUCCAAGCCCCUCCGAUGCAUUUGGACUCUCGGCUCUGGCACCGGGAACAAUGAGUCGCUGCCGGCUUGCAAGCUUCGCCCGCGCCUGCCUCCUGCUCCUGGCCGGCUGCUGCUGCAGCAGAGGAGGAGCGGAUAGCAAUGUGGCAGUCUAUAUGCCGGAUUUGGUGGAGGCAAAGCUUGGGGAUACAGCCAUUAUCAAAUGUGAAUUCGCCCUCCCAGAGAAUGGCAGCUACGUUUACGUCAACUGGUACUCGAUGGAGAAGGGCAAAAUGGAAAGGAAGAAGCUCAUCUACAUGGUCCAGGGCAAAGAACACCAAGAUGAGCCUCCCAAUGACCGGUUAAGCAUCACACCUGAUUUCUUCCUCAAGAUUAACAAGGUGGUCCUGCAGGAUGCCAAGAAUUACGUGUGCCAGGUGGGGUUCGGCAUGCACGGCGUCGCUGAGAAUCGGAGUGAACUGCGCGUCUCCAAAGCUCCAGAGAAACCUGAGAUUCAGAGGACUAAUCGUGGCAUCAGCACAGGAGACCCUCAUUUGAGUGAGAUUGCAACCUGCACCAGCCGCAAUGGCUAUCCAACACCAACCCUCACUUGGUACAAGGAUGGAGUCCCUCUGAAGAUGGAUGGGAAUGAAAUUGAGAUCCGUCCCGGCCUCAUCAAGGAAUCAAGUGGCCUGUGGACUGUCCGCAGCACCCUUUCGGCAAAAGUCACCAAAGAAGACCGCAGUGCUGAGUUCUACUGCCAAGUCAGUUACACCCUGAUGGGGAAUAACAAGACAUCCAAGUCGGACAGCUUCAAAGUCGACGUUCAUUACCCCUCUGAGAGUCUCCGCUUCGUGAUUGAUGCUCCAGGCCCGGAUGUGAAGGAGGGAGAUAAUGUGACCCUGCGCUGUGAAGCGGAUGGGAAUCCGCCACCUCUGUAUACUUUGUACAGAAUGGAGGAGGAGGAAGUCUCCGAACAGGGUUCUGAACAGGGGUUCCUGCACCUUUACAACAUCAACAAGGAGCGCAGCGGGGUCUACCUGUGCAAAGUGCUUGACCUGCAGGAUGUUACGCUUGAGGAGCUGACGGCCAACGUGACUCUGCUGGUGAACUAUCUUGAUGAGCCUGUGAUAACCUCUGUGCCUCCAGUGACCUCGCUCAGACAGCUGCAGGAAGGAGAGGAUGCGCUUCUUACCUGUAAUGCAACAGGCUCCAAGCCCUUGGCAUUCCACUGGGAAAAGAAAGGGAGGGUGAUUGAGAAGGGGAAUCUUCUGAACUUGACCAACGUCGGCUUCGACACCUCAGGCAAAUACACCUGUGUUGUAGAGAUGCCGAUGCCAGGCACCCCUGCCGUUUCCCGCUCCAAACAGGUUCAAGUGACCGUCCAUGCAAAACCAGUGCUGGUCGCACGGAAGGAAGUGGUGCAUGUCCAAUCAGGCGAGAUGGUGAACUUAACGUGCACCGGGUACUCGACACCCCCCUUGCUAAUCUCAUGGAGUGUCAAUGGAUCGGUCUUUACUUCAGUCAUGCAGGGUCAUCAGCGCAACAGCACAGUCCUGUUCCAAGUCACUGAAGCCCUUCUAGAAUCGGGAGUCAACUGCACCGCCAAAAACAGGAUGGGCACCACUCAGCACCACUUCAUGCUGGCACAGAGGCAAGAAGGAAGAUCUCCCAAUGCCAAGACUGCAGAGCAGACAGCACAGGAGAGCAAAGGUGUGAUCAUUGUGGCCGUUGUCAUCUGCAUCCUGGUGAUUGCUGUCCUGGGCGCCGUCCUUUACUUCCUGCACAAGAAAGGGAAGCUCACCUGUGGCCGCUCAGGCAAACAAGAGAUCACAAAGCCCGAAGCGCAUAAAGACGAGAUUGUAGUUGAAGUUAAGUCAGAUAAACUUCCUGAAGAGGCGGGGCUCCUGCAGGGCGCCAACGGCGAGAAGAGAUCGGCAGGUGACCAGGGAGAGAAAUACAUCGAUUUGAGGAACUGAGAAAGGAGAGACAGCUGUGCCCCUUCGAAGAUUUCUCCUGUUCCUUCUCGAUGCCUCCACCCCUCUUGCUCCCCCGGUCAUAGUCUUUCAGACGCACAGCAGCAGCAAAUAAGGCACAAGAUGACUCCACAGCAAAUAAUAUUUUGCAACCUCACCCUCAGGUUUUUGAAGGACAAAGCAAAUGAAGCAAAUCAGCAGUUUUCAGACCAAAAAAAGGGGAGUCUUAGUUUAAAAAUGACUCCCUUUAGAGGAUCUACGUUAAGGAGGGGUUUUUGAGCGGGGGCAGGUAGAGGAACAUGUAGUCUACCAUAAUUGUAUGGGGCUUCAGUCAAUUUGUAAAAGAAAAAAUAUAACAGCCAAGCGUUUGCUGAGCUGAAUUGGUUGGAGAUUUUUUUUUUUUUUAAUUGAGACUUGGUAAAUUGGAGAAGAAAACUUAAAAAUCUUACCUUUUAGACAGGAUUGGAGAAUGGUGAGUGUGUGAUGGAUUUGGCUCCAUCUGGCAUGUAGAAUACUUGUGGAAAGCCAGCGUUGCCUCAGCUGUUCCUUGAACUGUUGCUGUUCUUCGCAGCAAGGUGCUGAAGGAAUCAGCUGCGCUUCAGAAGCCCUAGGCCUCAAAACGGCAGAGGGUGGGGUGGGAAUGGAGCUAAGAAGUCUUAAGGACACUCACUAGGGACUGAGUUUCAUUGAAGUCAGUGCUGCUUACUUCCAAUUUAAUAUAAAGGAUAACUGUACAGAGAGGUGGUUCUCUCUGCACUUCAGAUGUUAUGAUAGGAAUAAAGUCUCUUUUUUGUACAAACACUGUAUAGUCACACUUGUUUUUACCCGAGAACGUAGGUUAUUGUCCCUUCUGCUCCCCCCCCCCAAAAAAAAACCUUUCUGCAGAUCUUCUGGGUUACCUUGCUGCAGGUGACCCACUUGCCAGUCUUUGGAAGUCCUGCCUCUCCUUAGGCCACAGGAGCAAAAACAAGGCACUAAAAUAGGAUGUUAAGCACAUGAGGUAGUUUUCUACAAUUAUUUUGGGUUUUAUUUCAGUGUGGCACCAAGGAACCUGCUCUGUUAGCACAAGGAUUUAUGCUUCCUACCUGGUGGUUCCCCCCCCCCCCCAAAAAUCUGUUUUCUCAACCCUCCAGAGCAGGGGGCAAGGAAGAGAGAAGUGUAAAUUCUUGUGCUAACAGAUCGAGUGCAUUGGAAUUCAUCUUUAAUUGCUCUGCUCUGAUAGCAGCAGCAGCAGGUGACACACGGAGAAUGUGAAGGAAGCUGGUGCCUGUACCAAAAUGAGAUUGUCAUGCAGCCUUCAAAGCCGGUGCUGAUGACAACGCUCUUCGUCUUUAAACAUGCCAGGAAGUAUUACAGGAUGCCGUACUUCACCAUGCUGGUCCAGUGCCUAAGAAAAGCUUUCUGCUUCUCUGUCCACACCCCAGACUUCUAAAUGGACACCAGACAGAAAUACUGUAGCUAGCUGCUUCCGUACGGAAUUACUUCCUGCAGAGUUCGGUUUUCCAUUCCCCUCAAAGCCUCUCAGAAGUGAACAGCUUUCAACACAAGCUGGGUAAAACAGUUAAGGUUUUGCUUUAGACACUCUUUGUUUUCCGAGUGGUUAAAAAGUGCAAACUCAUCAACCAAAAACGGGGGGAAGAAAGGGGUGUUGCGCUUUCCGUGUAAGCUAUAAAAUUAGCAAA